AUGACAAACAUUACAAGUCCAAUCGAUAUCGGGAGAUGUUCGUUGAGGCAUCGCGUCGUGAUGGCACCGAUGACGCGCUUGCGAGCAGAUGAAAACCACGCACCGUUAGAUAUGGUGAGAGAGUAUUAUGCACAGAGAGCUUCAGUUCCAGGCACGCUUCUCAUUACGGAAGCGACCUUCAUAUCGGCCAAAUCACGAGGGCGUGAUGAAAAUGCCCCGGGAAUAUUUACGCAGGAGCAGGUCAAGGCGUGGCGGCAUGUAACGAACGAUGUUCACAGCAAAGAUUCCUUCAUCUUCAUACAGCUAUGGCACGUCGGCAGAGCAGCUCGACAACAUGCGUUAGACAAGGCUGGCCUGGAAAUGGUCAGCAGUAGCGACGUUCCCAUUAGCGACGAAUAUCCAACACCACGGCCCAUGACUACAGAGGAAAUCUCGGAAUGCAUUGCGUCUUUCGCUAGCGCUGCUAGAAAUGCCAUCGACGCAGGUUUCGACGGCGUCGAGAUUCAUGCUGCAAACGGAUACCUCAUCGACCAAUUCACGCAAGAUACAUGUAACAGACGAACAGAUGAAUGGGGCGGCAGUAUCGAGAAUCGGUCACGCUUCUGUCUUGAGAUUGCGAAAGCUGUUUCACGAGAGAUAGGAACAGAUCGGACAGCUAUUCGACUGUCACCUUUCAGUACGUUCCAAGGCAUGCGAAUGCAGGAUCCUGAACCUCAGUUCACAUAUCUGAUCUCCGAGCUGAAGCAUCUGGGGCUCGCGUACCUACAUCUCAUUGAGCCGCGUAUUGCUGGAAAUGUGGACAGGGAGACCGAUGACAUAGAGAGCCUUGACUUUGCGCUUGAUGCAUGGAGUUGGGCCGGACCAGUCAUUCUAGCAGGGGGCUACACAGCGGAGAAGGCAAACAAAGCCCUGGAAACAAGUUUCAAAGACCGACCUGUUGCGUUUGCGUUCGGAAGACACUUUAUAUCUAAUCCGGAUUUGCCGCUUAGACUCGCGAGGAAUAUUCCCCUGGCGGCGUGUCAUAGGGAUACUUUUUACAAGGUGACGAGCACGGAUGGGUACACGGAUUAUCCUUUCAGCGAAGGAUGGAAGGAGGGACAAACGGUAGAGUAA